AUGGCCUUCUGGUGGCCGCUGCUGGUGCUCGCCGCCGCAUACGCGCUCUGCCGCCUGCUCCUCCUCCUCAUCCCGCCCACCGUCCCAUCCAUCGACGUCGACGCUUCCGACGUGUUGGCCAAGGAGGACAGCUUCAUCUACAUACCGAGAAAGGGUAAAGCAGCUCAGACUGACAAGGUCCAAUGCUAUGAACCAGCGACCAUGAAAUACUUGGGGUACUUCCCUGCGUUGACUCCUGAUGAGGUCAACGAACAUGUUGCACAAGCCAGGAAAGCUCAAAAGAUAUGGGCAAAAAGCAGCUUCAAGCAAAGGCGCCAGUUUCUUCGAAUCCUUCUCAAGUAUAUUCUUGAACAUCAGGAUCUCAUAUGCGAGGUAUCGUCUCGGGACACUGGAAAGACUAUGGUUGAUGCUUCGUUAGGCGAGAUAAUGACCACAUGUGAGAAGAUUACCUGGCUUUUGGACGAGGGUGAGAAGUGGUUGAAACCUGAAUACAGAUCUACUGGGAGAUCAAUGCUGCAUAAGAGAGCAAAAGUUGAGUUUUACCCUCUUGGAGUGAUUGGUGCCAUUGUAUCUUGGAAUUAUCCCUUCCAUAAUGUUUUUAAUCCAAUGCUGGCCGCAGUAUUCUCCGGUAAUGCAGCAGUUAUAAAGGUCUCAGAAUAUGCGAGUUGGUCAGGCUGCUUUUAUUUUCGUAUCAUACAAGCAGCUCUUUCAGCUGUUGGUGCUCCUGAGAAUCUGGUGCACAUAAUAACUGGUUUUGCGGAAACAGGCCAAGCUCUUGUAUCAUCAGUGGACAAAAUAAUAUUUGUGGGAUCCCCUGGUGUUGGAAAAAUGAUCAUGAAAAGGGCAUCAGAGACUCUAAUACCUGUAACUCUUGAGCUUGGUGGCAAAGAUUCAUUUAUUGUGUGUGAAGAUGUAGAUUUACCCAGUGUUGUUCAAGUUGCCGUUAGAGCUGCUCUACAAUCUAGUGGGCAGAACUGCGCUGGUGCUGAAAGAUUUUAUGUUCACAACGACAUCUAUUCUUCCUUUGUUUCACAAGUAGUGAAGAUAGUCAAAUCUAUAUGUGUUGAUCACAACCUUGUGCUGUCAUUUCUGUAUUAUUAUCUGUUAUUGCUAUGUCAUAGUGUCUUACAAACAAAUGCAAAUAUGGCCCCCCCAUUAUCAGGCAGAUAUGACAUGGGUGCAAUCUGUAUGAUGGAGCACUCUGAGAAACUUCAGAGUCUUGUUAAUGAUGCUCUAGACAAAGGUGCCGAAAUUGCCGUCAGAGGGAGCUUUGGUAAUCUUGGGGAAGACGCAGUUGAUCAAUUUUUCCCUCCAACUGUCCUGGUGAAUGUUGAUCACACAAUGAAAAUUAUGCAAGAAGAGGCAUUUGGACCGAUUCUACCAAUCAUGAAAUUCGGUUCUGAUGAAGAGGCUAUCAAACUUGCAAACGACUCAAAGUAUGGUCUUGGUUGUGCUGUUUUUUCUGGCAACCAGAAGCGUGCCAUCAGAAUAGCAUCCCAAAUACACUGUGGGGUAGCAGCAAUCAAUGAUUUUGCUUCAAGUUACAUGUGUCAGUCUUUGCCAUUCGGUGGUGUUAAAGACAGUGGAUUUGGGAGAUUUGCUGGUGUAGAAGGCUUGCGAGCUUGCUGUCUUGUGAAGUCUGUUGUAGAAGAUAGAUUAUGGCCAUAUAUUAAAACAGUGAUCCCGAAACCUAUCCAGUAUCCUGUCUCAGAGCAUGGAUUUGAGUUCCAGCAGUUGCUUGUGGAGACUUUGUAUGGCUAUAGCGUGUGGGACAGGUUGCGGUCCCUUGUGAAUCUUAUAAAGAUGGUUACCGAGCAGAACUCUGCCCCUGCUUCAAAUGCGAAGACAAAGAAAAGGCGAUGA